AUGUCGAAGAUUGCAUCCACUUUUUCGCGCCUGGUGCGCUUCGUCCCCAAGUCGAACCCCGCAAAGGUUCUGAUCGGUGAGCCCGUCGAUCCGCAGCUGGACGUGGGCUUGGCCGUGUAUCAGGGCAAGGAGGUUGCCGUGCGUUCUUUCUCUGGCUCAUCGGUCCUGAACCCCGGCCAGGUCACCAGCACAACCGAGACCAUCGACCGGAUUCUGUCUCCUCUGUCGCAGAGCGAGGUUGGAUCAAUUCGAUGCGUCGGUUUGAACUAUGUUUCCCACGCCAAAGAGAUGUCCCUCCCGAUCCCGGAUGUCCCGACCCUCUUCAUUAAGCCUUCCACUGCCCUGGCCGAUCCUUUCCCGGCCCCGACGGUGUUGCCCAAGAUCACUCAGAAAGAUGGCACUGGUGACUAUGAAUCCGAGAUGGUCAUUGUCAUUGGUCGCGAUGCCAAGGAUGUGCCCGAGUCUGAGGCACUGGACUACGUCCUGGGUUACACUGCUGCCAACGAUGUCUCCAGCCGCACAUAUCAGAUGAAUCAGAGCCAGUGGUGUUUCUCCAAGGGAUUUGAUGGCUCCUGUCCUAUUGGCCCCGUUUUGGUCUCUGCUGCCCUGAUCCCCGAUGCGACCAAGCUCCACAUCCGUGGCCUGAAGAGCGGCCGUGUCAUGCAAGACUGCCCUCUCACCGACCUGAUUUUCAACGUCCCCCAACUCAUCAGCUUCCUCUCCCAAGGCACCACUCUGCCCGCCGGUACCAUUAUCCUCACCGGCACUCCCCCCGGCGUCGGCGCUGCCAAGAACCCCAAGGAGUUCAUCAAGGCUGGUGAUGAAUUCGCCGUCGAGCUGCUGCCUCACGUGGGCACCCUGAUCAACAAGAUUGAGCACCAAUGA